AUCUCCCGGUUGCCUGCUUAUGGUCAGCUCCUGAAGCUGGAAAAAGAGCAUGAGGAAGCUAUCUUUCUCGAUAUUGGUUGCUGCCUGACACAGCUACCGCGGACUAUCCAAAACGUUGUAGUAUCUGAUAAAGAAUCUACAUUCUGGGAGUUGGGACAUCAUCUUUUCAAGUCCGCCUGCGCCACGUUCCCAGUUCCUUUCGUAACCAGAGAUGCGUUGAACUCGACCUUCCUCAACUAUUACCGCCCU